AUGGCCCGCAGGCAGGCGCGGCGCCACGGUGACGGGCGCUGGCUGCCCUGGCUGGGGCUGGCGCUGCUGCCGCUGGCCGUGCCCCCCGCCGCCGCCCCCCCCGCGGACUGCCCCUCGGCCUGCUACUGCGUGGCGACGCCGGAGCUGGUGCAGUGCCGCUACGAGCGGCUGCAAGAGCCGCCGCGGGAGCUGCCGGCCUCCGUGCACAACCUGAGCAUCGCCGGCAGCAACCUGAGCGUGCUGCGGCGGGCGGCCUUCGGCGCCCGGCCGCUGCGCCAGCUGCGCCUGCUCCGCCUGCACCACGACAACAUCCAGGCCAUCGAGGACAUGGCGCUGCAGGGGCUGCCGGCCUUGCGCACCCUCGACCUGAGCCACAACCCGCUGCUGUCGGUGGCGGCGGGCGCCUUCGGCGGGGCGCCGCUGCUGCGCACCUUGCAGCUCAACCAGGCGCUGCUGGCCGCGCCGCUGGAGGAGCAGCUGGCCCUGGCGCUGGGCAACCUCAGCCUGCGGCGCCUGGAGCUGGCGGGCAACGGGCUGCGGGCGCUGCCGGCCGCGCUGCUGCCCGCCGGCCUCGAGGAGCUGGACCUGCGCAACAACUCGCUGCAGCGCCUGGCAGCCGCCGAGCUGCGCGGCCUCGAGGCGCCGGCGCUGCGGGCGCUGCAGCUCUCGCUGGGCGGCAACCCGCUGCGCUGCGACUGCGCCCUGCGCCCGCUGCUGGCCUGGCUGCGGGGUGCCGCCGCCGGGCGGGUGCUCGACGCCCGCAACCUGCGCUGCGCGGGGCCGCCGGCGCUGCAGGGAGCCGCGCUGCUGCGGCUGCGGCCCGAGGGGCUGGGCUGCGCGGGCGGCGAGCCCGGCGAGCCCGGCGAGCUGGAGACGGCCUCCUACGUCUUCUUCGGCAUCGUGCUGGCCCUCAUCGGCGUCGUCUUCCUCAUGGUGCUCUACCUGAACCGGCGCGGCAUCAAGCGCUGGCUGCACAACCUGCGCGAGGCCUGCCGCGACCAGAUGGAGGGCUACCACUACCGCUACGAGCAGGACGCCGACCCGCGCCGCGCCAGCGCAGCCGGCCCCGCCGGCCUCUGAGCCCCCCCCGCCGAAAUCGCCUGCCCGCCUGGCGCGGGAUGCCGCGGUCCACGGAUGCUGCAGGGCGCCGCGGAGCAUCCUGUAGUUGGGAGCAUCCCGCAGCCGGGAGCAUCCCGCAGCCAGGAGCAUCCUGCCACCAGGAGCAUCCCACAGCCGGGACCAUCCUGCACCAGGAGCAUCCUACAGCCAGAAGCAUCCUGCCACCAGGAGCAUCCCACUUCCAGGAGCAUCCUGCAGCCGGGAGCAUCCCACAGCCAGGAGCAUCCCAUAGCCGGGAGCAUCCUGCCACCAGGAGCAUCCCGCAGCCAGGAGCAUCCCACAGCCGGGAGCAUCCUGCACCAGGAACAUCCCACAACCAGGAGCAUCCCGCAGCCGGGAGCAUCCCACAGCCAGGAGCAUCCUACAGCCAGAAGCAUCCUGCCACCAGGAGCAUCCUGCAGCCAGGAGCAUCCUGCACCAGGAGCAUCCUGCCACCAGGAGCAUCCCGCAGCUGGGAGCAUCCCGCAGCCGGGAGCAUCCCCAGCGUGAAGGAGCCCCCCCAGAGGGGAGCAUCCCAACCGGAGGAUCGCACCUCGCUCCUGUCCAAGAGACGCUUUUGCUCCGCGAGAGCCCGGGUCCUCGCUCGGCAGGGCCGCGGGAGCAGCGCGAGGAACUUCCCCGCCGCAGGGGCCGGAGCCUGGACUUGCCUUUUUCCCUGUACAGCUCUUUCCUAUUAGAUUUCUAUCGGACAAGUGCAAAACUGAACUCAAUUCCUUUUUUUUCCCCUCCCUCGGAGAAACCGUGCCGUUUUCCGAGCCCGUUCCCUGAUCGUGCUCGCCGUUUCCCUCCGUCCCCGGGCACAGACUCACGGAGCGGUACGGAAAGCGCUGUCUGCAUGCUACCGAGCGCGGCGGCAGCGGCGGACGCGAGCCGAGGCCGCGGCCCCACUUUGUAACUGGAACCAAGCGCGGCGAAAGCUCGCCGUCUCGCCCGCGCGCACACGUUCGCUUUAGACCUGUGCCUGUUACUAUAUCCUAGAGCAAAUAUAUCACAGGCUGCA